CACUAACAGAAGAUAUGUCUGUUCAAUCUGAAAAAGGCUUUUACCACGUCAAGUCUUAUAUGGCUGCAAAAUGUAAGAGUGCUUUUGUAGAUACUGAAUGUGAAAAUGCAAAAAGAAAGUUUCAUGCACAUGUGAGUGAAGAAGUUACUUUAAAUGCUAUAUUGACAAAAUCUGGGGGAAAUGGGGACAAACAGCCAAGUUUUAGUGGUGAUAAUUUUGCUGAACCAGGAGAUAAUUUUGCUGAAUCAAUAGGAAAGUUUGCUGAACCAAGACAAAAUUUUGUUGAAUCAAAAUUUUAUGAAACGAGAGCAAGCUUUACCCUGGGUUAUGAUGAAAUAGAAGACAUUGAUGGAAAUGGUCAUGAUGUAAAAGGAGACAUUGAUGGAAAUGGUUAUGAUGAAAUAGAAGACAUUGAUGGAAAUACACAAGAUGUUGUGGAUGUAAAAGUGAGAAUUGAACUUGAAGAAUCCUCACCUGAGGACAAUGAAGUGAGAACCAUUAUGGAAUCAACAGAAGAACUGGACAGAGAUUACCUGAGAGCCAUUCCUUCACACUUGUCAGAACGGAGUAAGUCAGAACUGUCACACUGGUCAGAACGGAGCAAAAGUCAAACAGAGGAGAGGCUUGGUAGACACAGAAAGAAUAGAAAGUAUGAGGAGAUCAGUCGAAAGAGAAGCAAGUCCAUUGAUUAUUCAUCACUGAAAUCUCGAACUCCACAACAGUUUGAUUUUGCUCGAUAUGGAAUAUCAGUUGGAUCAGGAAUUCCCCAUGACCUGCUUCCCGGCAUAGAGCAGUUCCUUAGCAACGUGUUGGCCAAUGAGAAGUUGUCUCCCUUUGCAGAGGAGCAGCGUCAGUACUUCCUUGAAAGGCUUGAUAUUAUCAAGCUUCCUCCAUCCAUACCGCCGCGACCCCGACCUAACUCUCUUGGUCAGCAAUUAUGUCCCAGCAGCCCCCAUUCCAACCGGGACAGUCACCGCACAAGUUCAGACCAGGAUGACUUCGCAGCCUACCAACGAGAACUCUCCCGUGCACAACUGGAGGCAGGAACAUCACCUGAUAUUACGGAAGCAAAAGUAUAUGAUGACAUUGACCUGUCCACCAUUGAUUUUAGCUCUCCCAACGUGAAGGUCACCCAGUGCACCGAGGAUGAAGAGAGCGUUUACGAGAUACCGAAACUGCGCAAGACAACGAGCGACUCUGGAUACGAGAAAGCGAAAGAAGUUGCAGCGAGCUACGAUGAACAGCCUGUUAUCCUUUCAGCUGGUACCCCAAGACCCCCACCUCUUCCCCCACGCAAAGAGAGACAGAGGUUCGACUUCCGCAUACGCAGUUCCAGCACCAGUCUUCUGGAUGACUCACCUGGUGACCUUGGGAAAACCAGUGACCUUGGGAGACCCAGUGACAUUUGCAGACCUAGUGACCUUGGGAGACCUGAUGACCUUGCAAAACCGGGUGAUCUUAGUGAUGUGUCAUUUGAACGCAACAGCAAUAUUUCAAGGGAUGGCCUUGAUGGCUAUGAUGGUGACUCUGUCGAUUCCCUGGAAGACCUCUCGUGUUCUUCUGUUCCAACAAAACCUCCAGGCCAGCAGAUUAAGCUGCCAAGAUCAACAAGGUCUCGUGUUCGAGCCCAGCUUGGGAAGUCCAUGUCGUCCCUGGUUGAUGUGACAACGCCGUUCUGCUCGCUAGACGAUGUUGCAAUAUCAGGGGAGCUCCAGUAUCGUAGCAAACUCACCUGGACCAAAAAGAUGGUGGCUGUGACUAACGGUCGGUUGGUCGGGUACAAAAUGGACCGUCUGGACAUGCGCCCGACCUUCAUGAUGCUUCUGACGGGAUACAGGGCCAGCUCCCACAAACGUGAAGGGAGGCGGAGCUAUGAGAUACACCUAGACCACGACAACUUUGAGCAGCACGUGUUCUUAGUGGACUUCAAGGAGUGGGCAGAGUUAUGGUGUCAGCACCUGAAUGCUGCAGCGGAGGGUAGCAAGGCUAAAGGUCCAGUGCUGCAUCUUACACGAGACUCGCUGAUAGACAAGACUGACCCCAGCACAUACAGUCUCAGCAAGGUACCAGCAGGGAUUGCCGGAUCCAACUUGUCCUUGGUCAGUACGGACUCUGAUGUUGGCAAAGACAGGAGGAGAGAUCAUUCAACAAAUCGGAGCAGCCGCAAGAAAGCUAUCAGCCAGUUUUUCGAUGCCUUAGGCAAGAGAUCAUCAGUGAAAAAGUCAGCCGUUUCAAGUUUAGACAGUACCCAUAAUCAUGUAGCCAAUAUGACCGGUUCCACUCAACAGACUGGCUCCCUUCCCCGGCCUGUUUCCGAAGGUUCACAAUCAUCGCUAGAAGUAACCAGUCCGCUCACUCCAGAGUCGGGUUUCCUUGACAUGCCUAUGGAGAUACCACUGAGAGAGAAACAUAUCAAACAUCAGGGUUACCUGAGCAUCUUCAGCAAUUUCAACAAACGGAAAUGGGGCAAGAGAUGGUGCAUGGUCCACGAGAACAACUUUGAAUGUUACCGAUCCCCGACGAGCUCAGUCUGUGAACUUGAGUUCCUGCUGAGGGACUGCGUUCUGCGUCGGGCCAUAGAGGAAACAAAAAGUGAGCUGGGGUUGAUGUUGCUGGAAAAUAACAAGGAAAAGAUAACGAUAGAGCCACUGAGCUGGUCAGAGUUGGGUUCGUGGCUCCGAGUUCUGAUGAAGGAGACCAGCACCGAGUCCACACCGGACGGUCUCCAAGGUUACAUGGACGACUCACAUCCGUACCACGAGGCUGUGGAGAUCACAUGGACACGUGUGCACAACACAAACAACAUGGUAAACUCUCAAGAGCCUCUUAAAGCUUCCAAUAGAGAUAGUGGAAUUGCUUCAUCAGAGUCUUCAGAUGGCAGGUUCGGUUCCCUGGAACGAACCCCAAAAACAAUCGUUCACAAAGAUUUUUCGGACUCCAGUCUUCCUAGAGUGAGUGUCAUUGAUACUGGCGCAAUAUACACCCAAGUUCGGAAGUCGAGUACAACUGGUUCCGAUAUCCAACAAGUUGGUUCCUCCAAAACUGUUGGGAACCAAAAAGAGACUGAAAAUCUGUCAAUGGGAGAUAACUCGGAUCCUAUAAAUUGCAAUAACAAGAAUUCAAAUAGGGAUUGUGAUGCUAGUGAUUUUGACUUUGAAUCGGAGAUGCCUGUUAAAUUUAAUCACCUAGAAAGGGAGGAAAGCCUAGUGGACGAAAUUAUGUUUCAUAUUAAUUCAAAGAUCAAUUCUCCAUUUUCUACAGACCUGGAUUUUUCUUUCACACUCGAUGACAGUAGCAUGACAAAUUGUAACAAUGACAACAAGACUUUAUGUCUAGAAUCAAACAACUUGAGUCAAGUAACUAAUGCACAUGAUGAACCCAGUGCUGGAGCAAAUGGAAUAGCGAGGAACAUUCCUGGAGCAGGCAGAGAAACAAGAAGAGAGGUCCACACUUGGGAUGUUAAUUCUGAAGAUACAUUAUCUGAAAUGAGAACACGACUUGUUCAGUUGAAACAAGACAGGAUAUCAAUUAGAGACAGACGGGAUAAAGUUUCAUCAGAAGUAGACAGACAGUUUUUGACAGCAGAGUUUGACAGACUGGAUCGAGAAUGCAAAAAGUUGGAUGAGGAAAUCAAAAUGUUUGAGCAGGAUCAGAGUCAAAACAGAAGACAAGAGUGCCACAAGAAACUUGCUGGUAUGGCGUCGGUGAGAGAGGAAGAUGAAGUUGAUGAACUAGUUCAGUUGAUGCAACAAGUAAACCUAACAGCUCUGUCGGAGGAAUUUAAACCAGAAAAAGACGAGGAAGGCAAAGACAAAUCAGGUGAUACAAAUGUUGAAGGUAUAGGGCUAUCAGGUGAUAAUGUGGAGUGUAAAUAUCAAUCAGGAGAUAAUUCAUGUUUGAACGGUAAAGACCAAUCAUGUGAUAAUUUGAAAGUUAAAGACCAAUCAGGUGCUAAUGUGGAAUGUAUAAACCAAUCAGUGCAUAACUUGGAAGGUACAGACCAAUCAGGUGAUACAGAUGUGGCAGGUAUAAACAAAUCAGGUGAUGAUGUGAAAGGUUUAGACCAAUCAGGUAGUAAAGUAGUAGGUUUUGACCAACCAGGUGAUAAUACAGUGCAAGGUUUAGACCAAGCCAGUAAUAAUGCAAAAAAUGGAAAUUAUGUUUUUGUAAUAUCAGAAAAUGAAGGCAAUCAGGAAUGUUGCGGUUUUGAGGAAACAAAAUCAAACUCAGACAUUGAGGCUACUGUUGCAAACGGCAUAGGUGAUACGUCUGAAGACGUUGAUAAUUCUAUGAAGUUUAACACAAAAGUUACUGAAGGUUGUAUGAACCGGUCUAAAAAUCAAAAUAACGUUGCGGAAGAAAACGAAAAUGUGUGUGAAUGUUCAGACCCUGUAUCUACGUUCAUAGAUAAAAUGCACAUUAUUUGAAUGAGCAUGGUGUCAAAGAGAGUAAGGAUGUUGAAGAAAUCAACAUAUUAAAUGCUGAUAAAACGUAGGAUACUUCUGAGAAACAAUUGUUUAUUCGAUAGAACUAAGUAUAUACAUAGAGAUUAAUUUAUUGGCAUUUAUAUUAUUAAACAUGAUAUCAUAUUCUGCGCAGAUCAUUAAUUCAAAUUAUUAUAAACUAUUUUACAUGCUUUUAGUUGUUACAUUUUAGAUAUUUGCAAAGCUACUGUUUUAUCCAUAUUAUUAUGUGUUAAACACAAACUUUUCUUUACACAUACUUUAAUUUUAGUUAAUUUUAAUGUCCUAAUACACUCUUGUAUUUUAAACACGUAUAUUGGUGCCAAAAGUAUGCUUUUGUCUUAUUUUCUGUGAAAUGACAAAGUGUAAUACAAACUGUGAAAUUACUGUACAUGUAGUAAUAUCCGCGAAAUAACUAUAUGGGUAUUUUAACUGUAAAAUUACUCUACGUGUUUUAAUAUCUGUAAAAUUACUGUAUGCAUAGUAAUAUCUAUUAAAUAAUUGUACAUGUAAGGGUAAUCAUGUCUGCGAAAUUACUGUACAUGUAAUAAUAUUUGUAAAAUGACCGUAAAGAGUAAAUGCAAGGCUGUAUAACCUUUAGAUUUAAAGGAUAGUUAUACCAGGGUAGAAUUCAUUUUAAAAGAAUUAUAAAAACACCAUUUGUUAAAAGAACGUUUUUGUGGAAUUAUUAAUGUCUUAAAAUCAGAAUUAUAUAAUCAGGUCAAUAAAAUAAAGCCUUUUACUCGCACUAUAGUCCUCAUUUUACAUUGUAUUUGUAUGUAGUGAUCCUUACGUGGAAUAAUGUGAAUUGAAUGUUAAGUCAAAUAAAAAGCUUAUUACCGGUAACUGUUGAAGUUUAGAAAUGGUUAAGUGUGUGUACAAGAUGUAAAUGUCAUUUUGUCCAUCUUUAGCCAACUCAUGAUCGUGCUAAGUGAAAUGAAAAAAAGUUUAUGCUUCCAUAAAUAAAAUACAUUGUAGUGUGCACUUAAUUGGUAGAUAUCAUAAUAAUCAUAAUGAUCAAGUUAUUACAUGCAUAUGCACCUCGUCGACAAUGUAUUUUAUUCGUGCCUCUUACAGGACAAUACAUUGAAUGAAAGGUAAAAUCAAAGGUACUGUAGCAUAGAGGGAAAGUCAAACAAGCGUGUGGCAGUGGCUUGACGGGGAAUAAUGGGACCUCAAGGCAGCUGGGUGGGGCUUUGGGACGGCUGAGUGCUGUGCCUUGCGGUACAGGCCUAGAUGGAACACUCGUGUGUGUAUAAUCGUGAUAAUGUUUAGAUAUUUCCACGGUUACUCAUUUUACUGUCAAAGUGUUUGCUUCGAGUUACUGUAGCAGUUUAUCGGUAAGAUACUGUCCUUUUUUAUAAGGACCGUAUUUGGGGUUUGAAAACAUUUCUACAAAAAGUAAUGUGAAACACUGUUAUUUCAUGCAAGCUAUUGUCAAUCUCUCAUUUUCUGAUGGAAUUACAUUGCCCAACCUAUUGUUCAGAUUGAACUUGAUUUGAUCUAUUCUGUUUCUGUGUACUUGUAUACUAUGACCAUUAAACUAUACGGUUAAAAACAUUGGAAUGUGUUCAAAAGGCUUUUUUUGCAAUUUAUAAGAAUUUUAUACUUUUGAUUUUACACUAAUUUAAACAUAUUGUGAGCUCUUUGGGUAUAAUCCCUAUAUAUUUUCACUGUGGCAAUACAUUUUAUUACCUG